UUUGCCAGCUUGGAGCCGCCCACCUGCACAUCUAAGCUCAGCCUCGAGCUUUGUUACUCAAGCCUGGUUGGCGAUGCAUCUUUCACGACACUUUUCUUGUACUAGUCGCUACCGUCCGAGGUAUGACCGAUCAUGCCGUCGAAGAUCGCGUAUCAUACUCGAGCUAAGGUACAGGGACAGCUGCGGGCUGAGAUCGAGAAAGUAGCACGAGGCCAAGCAGGCCUAACCCAAAGCGAUGAUGCACUCGAUUGCUCCCAAGCAUUCAUAUGCUAUCAAGACGUACAGAACAUAUGGCUUAGACAGCAUAGAACUAUCCAAGAGGCGCUUGAUUUGGACGAUUCAGCUACAAAGGACGUGGAAUUGAUCGCGGAACAGCUCCUGAGGAUUCUCUCCAUUUUAGUAUACAUCGAUGCUCGCGACAUUCUGGAUUCGUUCCGUGAAAGGUUUCUCGAUGAAAGUGGGAACCUUACCUGUUCUGAUCAGUCAUUACCCAUGACACAGGCCACCGUACGGCAAAGGGGACUGGGUUGGCAUUUCUUCGACGAUCAAUACCUUUUUGUACCAGUGGUUCUUCGCGAGUCAAACCAGGUCGUGCAGAUCGACAAGUCGCACCGUCUACCCUUCGAAUCUAUCUCCAGGAAAGUGUCUGCGGGCGCGUAUGGCGAAGUAGACAAAAUCAGCAUAUCCCCGUUGUACUUUGAAACCAAGAACUAUUCAAAUAACAAGGCGAUAGUCGUUGCUUGUAAGAGAUUCACCUCUUCAGUGCAUGUGUCCCGGAUCGACUCGAAAAGAGAGGUGGACAACCUAACGGUUCUCAAGGGCAACAUCUCUGAUCACCAUCACAUUCGAGUCCAUCUAUCAAUUCUCUUUCACGGGGAUGAGCACCUCAUCCUCUUUCCUUGGGCAGAUCAUAGUGAUCUCCACGUGUUCCUUCUUGGGGGCUACACCAUGGCAAGAGAGCAAGUCUACGAUUUCAACCUACGGUUUCCAAAGGUUACGGAUGGAACGUUGAUUGCAGACAUCUGCACUCAGAUGAGAAACAUUGCUAGCGCCCUGGAGUGGCUUCAUAGAGGUAUUGAGCAUCCAGAAGCACGUCAAAAUCGAAUUCACCUUGCGCACAUGGACUUGAAGCCCGACAACAUUUUGAUCGACAGUGACGAAGGGGCGUCGACUGUCGGCAAGUGGGUGUUGACGGACUUUGGCAUCUCAACCUUAAAGGAAGGCAACGAGGCGAACAUAAUGACUAUCCGGGACGUCUUCGAGAACUUCACAAUCAACACGUCUCCACAGCGCGAUGCGGGAGCUUACCAACCACCUGAGGUUCAAGCAAUGACGAACCCUGGGAAAGGAAUUGCUGGACGAGGUGGCGAUAUAUGGUCGUUUGGGUGCAUCUUCGCCGAAACAAUUGCCUUCGCACUCAAUCGGACGGAUGGCGUGAAGAGCUUUCGGAAUGACCGCAAAGCAGGACACCGGAACAAUUACUUCUACGAAGAAACACAAUCGAGUUUUCAGAACCUCACUUCGACAAAAGCGUAUCGAGUGCGUCGCGGAGCUGAGCUUUGGUUGCGGAAGUUACCAAGGGAUUAUUCGUUUCCCAACCGAGCCAUAGAGUGUUGCGUAGAAACUCUUUUCGAUAUUCUCAAGGUCCACAAAAAUCAGAGGCCCACAGCAGAUGAGUUGCUGAAGAUGAUGCGGCAUGUAGCAUACCACGUUACUACUGCCACGCAAGGUCCUCAGACUUUCAAUACGUGUCCACUAGAAAGGGAUACGAUCCUGAACCCUCAACCUCCGCAUGCGGGGGAGACUUCUGACCAGCUUCCACCGCGCAACAUACCUUCGGUCAUACGAUCGGAUACCAUGAAGGAAGAAAUACUACUACAGAAUCAUUUCAUUCCCAAAACGGCCGACGCUCAAUCAACAGGCGCGUUGUUUGCUCAACCCUUGAACAUCAAGCCUACGACGAUUCCGUCUCCACAUCCAUAUUUGCACGGCACAACACACCUUGAAACCCGUCGAUCUAGUUCAUUUGGAGUCGAUCCCCCCGUUCAGCAGCAAGCCAGGUUGCAGAACGGCUUUACUGUCGGAAACAAGCUGGAGGAACAAAACCUACUGUUCACAGAAGGUACUUCGGUUUCUAGUCGACGCCUCUCUCGCGAAUCAAGAAGGGAUCUCCAAGGAGUGUUGAUUGAUCAGGACAAGAACCGCGAGGUCGGGAAACCAGAAACACUCACCAUAUCAGAUCUUAUGAAGUCGAAAAUACUUUCUGUUUCUCUAUGUCGAUCAGGAGAUCGCAUAGGAUAUCUUGUGGGGUCGAAGAAAUCCAACUACGAUGUUCUUGUCUACAGUCUUGACCUGACCAAUCGUCGCAUGGAACGAGUACAGUCUCCGAUACCAAAUUCGCUGCCUACAGAUAUAUCAUGGCAGUACCUCGUCCUUGCAGAGACUUAUAUCGUCGUUUGGGGUAAUUCUAGAGGUAGGGCCUCGGAAAAAUGGGUGUAUAUGACAGACGGAAACACAUUUGACGUCUCGAGGCGCGGCUCCAUUGCGCUUGUCUGCUCAAAGCUGAUGUUUUACACAAUGGCCCCCCAUUUUCAAGACCCGGAUAUGCAAAGUGAGAUCAAGGCUAGUGACGAACAUUCAUACACCCACGCUUCCUUCAACGACGAUGGAGCUUUACUCUAUGCGUGGCAAUUUGGUCGACCCGACGAUCAACUGUAUGUCUGGCGUGUUGCAGACUCUGGCAACCUAGCGAAACCCGCUGAUUCGGAAGGGAGCUAUUCAUCAAACCAACGAGGAGAUCCAAAUGUACUUCUUAUUCCCUACAACACUCAGUACGGAUGCAUUAUUCGAGGGGAAGGAGAUGUCUUUUUCCCAGCUCAAAUCCGUAGCACGCAGCGCGGAAGCAGUUUCAGACUUCCGAAAAGGUCUGUGACUCUCUCCAAAGCGUUGACUGGCUGCGUUUACGGUAAUCACUCAUUACUGUUCGUCGAGAGAGGGCAUUUCCAUACGCGCAUAUGGGAGUGCCGUAUCGCUGGUAGCACAACACACGUCAUUGACGUAGAAGACCAGAAGCAGAUUGUGGAGCUCCGGAGCACCAUUGAUGAAGGCACGUUGAUGAGAAUUAUCCCUAUAUCGGGAACAGACAACCUAAUGAUAGUAUUGUGCAAGAACGAUGGAAAGGUUAUAUUGAUACCAGUUGUGGCCAGCAACUCAAUGGGUCGUUGAUCAUAUGUUGUGAUCUAUGGAAUAUAGGGUGUCGAAAUCGAAUGGUGUGUCCACUGAGAAGUCGACACUUGUGGAAGCAAAAAUCAUCUUCAUCCUCACAUAUCCCUAUGGAUGUCUUAAAAUGGCGCUCCAGUCUCUAUAGAAACAACUUUCCU